AUGUGCUGCACGCGUGUAGGCGAGCCGGUUGGAGGAGCAACAGGCUGUCUGCGGCGAAAGGGGCAGCGGCGGAAGGUCUGCGGCGAGGUUCGCGCGGCCAGCCCGUCCAGGGCCGGGCUGGUCGCCUGCUUCUGCGGCUCCUGGCCCGGGAUCUCGCGGCUGCGGCGAGAGGUCCACCGGAGGGCGCCAACUGCCAGCCUGCAGGCUCACUCCUCUGCCCCUCCCUUUCUCAUAUUCUUCCUCCUCCUCCUCCUCCUCCUCAAUCUCAGCGUUGGCGCCCUCCCGCUCCAGGGGGCGCUCAAUUCGAACGGGGCGGCUGCUCCGCUCGCGAGGAGGGUCCUGCUCCUUCAGCCGCUCGCCUCCGGCACGGCUGUUUUUGGCAAGGAGCCUCCUGGUGUCGCGUGGCUUGCAUGGCGUGCCAUGGCCUGGCCACGUCUAGUGUUCGGUGCUGCCCCGAAGUGA